AACUCCAAUAAAAAUCAAGACAGAGGUAUUUAAGAAGAAAGGCUUUUCCAUCAAAGUUCCUUCUCUUCUUGGACUUUUAAAUUGUGGCUACCUAAAUUGAGUAUCUGGCAAGAGUAAGAUUAAGCAGUAAUUUGUUCCAAAGAAGAAUCUUCUACCAAGGAGCAACUUUAAAGAAUGAAAUUAAAUUUCCUCUUGGGCCUGUUGGCUCUUAUUUCAUGUUUCACACCCAGUGAGAGUCAAAGAUUCCCCAGAAGACCAUAUCUGCCUGGCCAGCUGCCACCACCUCUACCCUACUGGCCAAGAUGGGUUCCACCAAGUCCCCCACCUCCCUAUGGCUCAAGACUUAAUUCACCACUUUCUCUUCCUUUUGUCCCAGGGCGAGUUCCACCAUCUUCUUUUUCUCAAUUUAGCCAAGCAGUCAUUCUAUCUCAACUCUUUCCAUUGGAACCUAUUAGGCAACCUCAACUCUUUCAGGGUUAUCCAAACCUACAUUUCCCACUAAGACCUUACUAUGUAGGACCUAUUAGGAUAUUAAAACCCCCAUUUCCUCCUAUUCCUUUUUUCCUUGCUGUUUACCUUCCUAUCUCUAACGCUGAGCCCCAAAUAAAUAUUACCACUACAGAUAAAACAAUCAUCACAAAUCCCCCUACCAAAAUAGCAACCACCAACACUUCCACAAAACCCACAAUGAUGGUCACCUCCUCAACGGUACCUAUCUCUUCAACACCAGAGCCUGCCACCUCCACAUCAGCAGCAAUCCCCUCAGCACCUAUUGAAAAUACUACUGAAAUUCUCACCAACCCUCCUCACACCAUAUUGCUCAAUGACACUGUCCAAGUUACGACUUCCAACCAAACUACAUUAAGCAGCACAGCCUCUAAAAGUUUUUGGCAAAAACUCUUUGCCAUUUUUGUUUGAAGAUGCAAUAAAUGAUAUUUUCCAAACUGCUCUGAUAUCUUAGAAGAAAUAAACUGCAAUGAUUUUGAUGGAACCAACCCUGAUCUAACUGGCACACUAAAUAAAUAAAGUAUUCAAGCAGUAAUA